AUGCAUUCGUUGUUGAUGCGCGCCAAUGCCAUAUUCUGCUACGCCUUGGUGGUGCUAGCGGUGCUAGUGGGGUGCAACAUCGGCACAUCCUACUUCAUCCCCACGAAUCCUGAAGUCCAUUUUGCAGUGACAUCGCUGCAGGUCUUCCAGCGGCAUCCAACAUUGCAGAACGAUGUGUUAUCGUUGACGUUCGAUCUCAAGGCCGACCUGUCGAGCCUCUUCCACUGGAACACCAAGCAGCUGUUCGUCUACGUCGCGGCUGAGUACGCCACGGAGCGCAACGCCGUCAAUCAGAUUGUGGUCUGGGAUGACAUC